AUGAAUAUUUUAAUAGCAAGUUAUUGUAAUGAUAGAGAAGAUAUAAUAGAAUAUUUAAUCAAAAAACAUAAAGAUGAAAUAUACUCAAAAAUAAAAUAUGAAGUCUUAUUAGUUCCAUCAAUGUACAAUAGAAAUAAUGUUAACCUAUUUGAAAAUAUUAUGAAUAUUUUAAUAGCAAGUUAUUGUAAUGAUAGAGAAGAUAUAAUAGAAUAUUUAGUCAAUAAACAUAAGCAAAAAAUUAAAAAGAUCCAAAGAGCAUUUGGAGGAAAAUUACCAAAGGAGGUUGUGUGCAGCACUUCAAUCUAUCUAAAAUGGUGGUAA